AUGCAGGGAGUGCAUAGAAUAAUUUCACAAGUACAUCCCAAUGGUAACAAUUACCGAGCUAAAAACGGAUCAUGUUCUCUAUCCAAUUCCUACGCAGUGAUCCGGGACGUCGACAUCAAGCGUUUAUCCACCACCACAGCCACCCCCACCACCACAAAAACCACCCCCACUACCUUAAAAACCACCGAAACAACCUCAAAAGCCACCCCCACUACCACCAAAGCCACCACCAAUUCCACCACAAUUGAUAACCCUUCCACCUCAACUACUUCCUCUACAACUCGCUCCAAUCCUACAAAUUCUUCUAGCAUCACCUUUAACGCAACGUACUAUUCGAAGUAUUUUCGAGUUUAUAUCAAGCUUAUGGAGGCUUACACUUAUGAUUUCGAUGACCAUUCCAGCUCAAUAUUUCAAGAAUACGAGCGUAAAGUUACUACCGGUGUUAAAGAAAUAUUCUCUAUGCCAGAUUUUGCCCGAGCGCGCUUAGUGGCUAUUUUAAGUACAUUUGACAUAUCUCAGUCGAGGGCUGUAGUAGAUCUCGAGUUUUCUGAUGUUGUUAGUGAGACACAUGUCGGAGACACAUUAUCUGGUCAGUUAGCCUCUUAUAAAAAAAUUGGUUCGUUGACUGCAUCUCCGGAAAAACCUUUUGUUAUCAAUUUCAGACAAAAUCUUCCUUUCCGGUGUUCUCCUACGGAAAUCCCCUGCAAGAAUUCGUCUAAAUGUGUCCCAUCAUCAGGCAGAUGCGAUAAAAACGCCACAUGUCUGGAUGGAAGUGAUGAGGAAGAGUGUCCGGGCGCAGAUCGAUGUACAGAUGAGAAUGAUAAAUUCUCUUGUCCCCAUUCUGGUGGAAUACUGGUUUGUGCCAGUGUUAAAUGCGACGGAAAAAAGGAUUGCCCUGGUGGCGAAGACGAACCUCCAACUUGUGAUAAGACCCCAGGCCAAGAAUCAUCACAACCUACGUUUGGAAAAGAUGACAUGAUAAUGAAGAUAUCGGUCACCGCGCUAGGAAUGAUAUUGAUAAUCGGAGUAAUAUGUGGCAUACUUUUUUUCUGCAAAUACAAAAGAGAAAUGAGACAAAAAGAUACCCAAAUCGCGGAAAUGACACAAUUGGUGAAAAAGAUUGUAGUGAAGAAACAAAUCAACAUCGAUGACGAUUUUCCCGAUGUUUUGAAUAUGCCUGUCGUUUCAAUUGAACGUUUGAAAUCUGGUAAAGUUAAAAAUGGCAUGGUUUCGGUAGGCGAAUAUGAAAUGUCAUUAGAUGAAAGUUGGGAGUAUCCUCGACAAAAUUUACACUUGGGGGAAACAUUGGGCGAAGGCGAAUUUGGGAAAGUAGUGCAAGCCGAGGCAAGGAAUAUUUGGGAACGUGGAAAUGGCAUUGUAACCGUGGCAGUAAAAAUGCUCAAGGAUGAUCACAUGGAUUCAGACAUGAUAGACUUGGUAUCUGAAAUGGAAUUGAUGAAAUUACUUGGAAGUCACCAGAACAUCCUUCGACUUCUUGGCUGCUGCAGCCAAGGAGGACCAUUGCUUGUAAUUACAGAAUAUGCCCAAAACGGAAACCUCAAGAAUUGUCUGCAAAAACAUCUUCAUCAUUCCAUAAAAAUGGAAGAAAGUACUCUCUUGACUUAUGCUCGUCAAAUUGCACAGGGAAUGGUUUAUCUGUCUUCAAUAAAAUGUAUUCAUCGAGAUUUGGCUGCUCGCAAUAUCCUUGUAACAGCUCAGUUCACGAUGAAAAUAGCUGAUUUUGGCCUCGCCCGAGAUGUGAGGCAUACAGAAUACUACAAGAAGACAUCAAAUGGCCGACUACCCAUAAAAUGGAUGGCUCCAGAAGCUUUAUUUCACAACAAAUACACAACUCAAUCUGACGUCUGGUCUUACGGCAUAUUGUUUUGGGAGAUUAUAACGCUGGGUGAUAAUCCGUAUCCGUCAAUCGAGGAUUUCACCGGGCUACGAAAUGCUUUAAUGCAAAAUUAUCGAAUGGAAAAACCCCCAAAUGCAUCCACAAAUGUAUACAAUUUGAUGAUGGAUUGCUGGAAUUUUGAACCCGAGGAUCGUCCAAAUUUCUUGUCAAUAGUAGAACGCCUAGAAGAAUUAUUGACCGAUAGUGAUACUAAGGUUGUUGAUGGGUCUUACCCUUUGGAAAAAUCUGAAGAAUCCGACUCACGAAGCGUUAUUUCCACAACGGAAUCCAGUGAAGAUGAAAAUGAAAUUAGAAAACCUAUUUUGAAAUGAUCAAUUUGAUAUACUUACCUAGGUAGUAGUUUGUCUGUACUGUUUCUAUUCUCUAGGUACCUACAUAAAAAAUUAUUUGUUUUACCGCAAGGUGGCACCAUUCAAUAGGUAUAUUUUAUUUAGGUAUGUACAUAUUUAGUAAGUAAUAAUAUACAUUAUGUAU